UCGGUGUACAUCCGUGGCCGCAUAAUGUGGCUUAUAGGUCCAUUUUUGUUUUUAGGACUUUUGUCGCCAUGUGUGCGAGGGGCUGAUGAUCUAACAGUAAACUUGACACAAGGGAAUGUUCGAGGACAUUUGGACCCCGAUGGAGGAUUUUACGCUUUCUAUGGAAUUCCGUAUGCAACUGCACCGACCGGAGAUAAUAAGUUUAAGGCUCCUCUUCCCGGUCCUGUAUGGUCCGAUACCCUUGAUGCUGUUGACGACACUGUUAUUUGCCCACAAAAAAUAUACAGCAUUGUUAUUCCAAGCAAAAAGAAAAUAAAAGAAGACUGCCUCAUAGCAAAUGUAUUUGUGCCAGAUACAAAGGAGAAGAAUCUACCAGUAGUAGUGCACAUCCACGGUGGCGCCUAUCGUAUAGGCUUUGGCAACUUACUUACAUUUAAAAAUUUUAUAAAAAGCAAAAAAAUAAUUUUUGUAACAUUUAAUUUCCGACUUGGACCACAUGGAUUCUUAUGUCUUGGAACGGAAGACGCUCCAGGAAAUGCUGGAAUGAAAGAUCAGGUGGCUUUACUUCGCUGGGUUAAUCAAAAUAUCGCUGCAUUUGGCGGCAACCCUAAAGAUGUUACUCUUGAUGGAUUUAGUUCUGGUGCAUCGUCAAUCGAUUUGUUAAUGCUAUCGAAAAGUGCAAGAGGAUUGUUUCAUAAGGCUAUACCAGAGAGUGGCGCUGGUGUUGCAGCAUUUAGUAUACAAACAGACCCUAUAGCAAACGCCAAAGAAUAUGCAAAACUUUUAAAUUAUACAGGCUCUGAUAGUGUUGCUGAUUUAGAAAAAUAUUACAAAAGCCAACCUCUUGAUUUACUUAUGUCGGCUGAUGUAUCAUCUAGAAAAGAUUCAGUGUAUUUGAUGUCUCCUUGUCUUGAACCUAAAGGAAACAAUAAUUCCUUUAUAACCGAAAGUCCUGUUAAUAUUUUGAAAAGAGGUGCAUACCCGAAAGUACCUAUGCUCUAUGGAUUUACAGCAUUUGAAGGUCUUUACCGUUUAAACUUGUUCGACAAAUGGAAACAGGAUAUGAAUGUGGAUUUUGAACCAUUCCUUACUCCUGACCUAAAAUUUAAAAGCGAAGAUGAAAAGAAAAACGUAUCUAGGGAAAUAAAAGAGUUUUAUUUUGGAAAUUCUACGAUAGACGAUAACCAAGUCUUGAACUUUAUUAAUUAUUUUAGUGAUGUUAUAUUUAUUUACCCUAUGUUGAGAUCUGUGAAACUGCUUGUAGAGUCGGGACACAAACAAGUGUAUUUGUAUGAUUUUAAAUUCGUUCAUGCUGAUUUACCCAUUAUUCCGCACACAAAUAUUCGCGGGGCUGGUCAUUCCAGUCAAACAUACACUGUAGCUGAUGAUGGAUUACCGAGUACAAAUUAUUCAAACACAAGGCUUCAAGAGAUGAGGAAUUUGACAAGGAGUAUAUGGUUAAACUUUAUAUCUACAGGGAGACCAAUUCCUAAAGGUUCAAAGCUGCCUCGUUGGCCAGCAGUGAAGAGGCUUGACAGAUCACCAUAUAUGGCGUUAGAUCUACAGUUGCACCUCAAGUGUGCGGCAUUGAAGAAACGUGCUCGGUUCUGGGAUCGGAUUUACGCCAAAUAUUUUAAGCAGCCAGUAUCUCCAUCAGCCCUAACAACAAACAACCAAACAAAAAAUACAAUAGAAUAGAUAUAUAAACAACCCGUCACGCAAAAGAGCCGUUUUAAACAUACAUACCUCGAACACCCAAUCCCUUACCCACCCAAGCACAUACCUCUGUGGCUUUAUCACUUUUCUAUUCGUCUACUCUUGUGACUUUGCUCCUAACCUUACUACCUUAUUAGGGGCCUUGCAUACCACAUUCUUUUCAGCCGCCUUCGAAGUGCGGUUCACGCAACUGGAACGCACUGCGAAUGCGCAAAGUGAUGUUAUCGCAACCAAUUACAUAUUAUACAGUUCGAAUAUGCAGACGUCGAAUUUUUUGCGUAAUGGCGAUGUUCAGUUAAAGUGAAAUAGAAACCCCACGACAAUGGUGAAUUGAACUAACGUAACUAGUCUUUUGCCAAUAGUAUUACGAUGGCAUCAAUUGAGCCAAUACUUCUUCCGUUGGUUCUUAUGCCUUUGUUAAGGCGCGGACUGACUAGGAUUGUAAACGCUACAACCAAUAGUACAAUAUUUGUGUUCAUCAAGUGGCUAAGCUACAAAUUGGCAUUUAUUUUACUGGUUUUCUUUUGUUUAUUGAAAAUAAAAAUAUUAAAUUGAACAAUUGUUCGGUAUACGUUUUAGAAAAAUACAAAUUCUUUUAAAUUCUUUAAAAAAUGAAUGUUGUUAUCGCUGAAAAUUCAAAGUUUUUUAACUCAAAAUUUUUCAAUUUUUGGGAAGCAACUUCCAAAUUUUUUAUUGGAUAUUUCAAAUUAUAUAUAAAUAUUCUAUUCGGUUCAAAUUUUUCUUUAAGUCCUUUUUUUUGUGCUGUAUUUUUUCGUCAGAAUAUUUUCAUUGCGUCAUCUGUUAUCGAUUAACUAAGAAACCAUUUUUUGUGGAUAUUAAGGUAUGACCGCGCCUUAAUAAGGAAAUGUUGAGAAGUCAUAAUGCGCAUUAGUAGCGCGUUUCUCGUGCGAAUACAUCGAUACAGUCGCAAGUAAUCUGGCCUUUUUCAUGUAUAACAGCACAUCCAACACGCGAUUACAAUGAAAUCCUGAAAGAAGCGUGGUAUGCGAAAGCCCUUACUCCUUGCCUAUAAGUUCAAAAAUGUAUUUUUUCAUGUACCUAAUAAAUGUUCAAGCAAAA